CCCCCUCUCCCGCCCUCAAAAGCCUCUGCCGGCCUCGUCCACUUCCUCCUGCGCCGCCUCCCGCCAGUUGAGCUUCUUCUCCGUCUAUUCUCUCAUCUCUUUCUUUCCGUCAGCAUGACUCUCUCGAGCGACGCGGCCUUCCAGAAGCUGAGGGAAUGGCACAAGGCCCACGCCGCCCAGCUCGUCCUCCGGCAGCUCUUCGACGCCGACAAGGAUCGCUUCCGGAAGUUCAGCUUGACUCUCAACACCGAUCAGGGGGACAUCCUGGUUGACUAUUCGAAGAACCUCGUCACUGAAGAUGUCAUGAAGCUGUUGAUUGACGUGGCAAAAUCCAGGGGCAUUGAAAAAGCCCGAGAGCAAAUGUUCAGUGGGGAAAAGAUCAACUUCACCGAGAACCGUGCCGUGCUCCACAUCGCUCUGAGGAAUCGCUCCAACACGCCCAUCUUAGUGGACGGCAAAGACGUGGUUCCAGAUGUGAACAAAGUGCUGGAGAAGAUGAAGGGUUUCUGCCAGAAAGUUCGCAGUGGGGACUGGAAAGGCUACAGUGGGAAAUCCAUGACGGACGUGGUCAACGUUGGGAUUGGCGGGUCAGACUUGGGCCCGCUGAUGGUGACCGAAGCCCUGAAGCCGUACUCUAAGGGCGGCCCCCGCGUCUGGUUUGUGUCCAACAUCGACGGCACCCACAUGGCCAAGACCCUGGCCGAGCUCAACCCGGAGACAACGCUCUUCAUCAUUGCCUCCAAGACUUUCACCACUCAAGAGACCAUCACCAACGCGGAGACGGCCAAGGAGUGGUUCCUUAAGGCAGCAAAAGAUCCCGGUGCUGUGGCCAAGCAUUUCGUCGCUCUUUCCACCAAUGGGCCUAAAGUGAAAGAUUUUGGGAUCGACACUCAGAACAUGUUCGAGUUUUGGGACUGGGUCGGGGGCCGCUAUUCCUUGUGGUCGGCCAUUGGCCUCUCCAUCGCCCUCCACAUCGGUUAUGACAAUUUUGAGAAAUUGCUUGCUGGAGCCCACUGGAUGGACAACCACUUCCGCACGACUCCGCUGGAGAAGAACGUCCCCGUGGUGCUGGCCAUGCUGGGCGUCUGGUACAUCAACUGCUAUGGGACCGAGACCCAUGCGCUCCUGCCCUACGACCAGUACAUGCACCGCUUCGCAGCCUACUUCCAGCAGGGGGACAUGGAAUCCAACGGGAAGUACAUCACCAAGAAGGGCACCCGGGUGAACUACAGCACCGGGCCCAUCGUGUGGGGCGAGCCGGGAACCAACGGGCAGCAUGCCUUCUACCAGCUCAUCCACCAAGGAACGCGUAUGAUUCCUUGCGACUUCCUCAUCCCGGUCCAGACGCAGAACCCCAUCCGGAACGGGCUGCACCACAAGAUCCUUCUGGCCAACUUCCUGGCCCAGACGGAGGCCUUGAUGAAGGGCAAGACCACCGAGGAAGCCCGCCAAGAGCUCCAGGCGGCCGGGAUGAGCGGAGACGCCCUGGAGAAGCUCCUUCCCCACAAGGUCUUUGAAGGCAACCGCCCCACCAAUUCCAUUAUGUUUACUAAGCUGAAUCCAUUCAUCCUUGGAGCCUUAAUUGCCAUGUACGAACACAAGAUCUUUGUUCAAGGCGUCGUGUGGGAUAUCAACAGCUACGACCAAUGGGGGGUGGAGCUGGGGAAGCAGCUGGCCAAGAAGAUCGAGCCGGAGUUGUCCUCGGACGCGCCCGUCACCUCCCACGACUCCUCCACCAACGGCCUCAUCGGCUUCAUCCAGAAGCACCGGGCCUGAAGACCCGUCACAACCCGACACCACACACUGCGGAGGUCCAUGUUGUAGUUGCCGCUUCCGUUCCGCCCCUUCCGUCCGGAGGGAGAUGUGUCGCACUUUGCACCCGUUCUUUUUGUCACCAGUUGCUGACGGUUAGCUUCCUUGCCUGUUAACAAGUCUCACCAGGCUCGGGAAAAAAAAGCCUUGUUGUUGUUGUUUGUCUGUUUGUGGCAGUCGAGAUUGUAGAACGCACUGGGCCCUGCGUCACCGCAACGUGUACACACACGUUGCAGAUAGGACCCCCUUUUCCCCCCCCUCACUUAGUGAGCCAGUUGAGGAAAAACCCAGCCUUCCUUGUACAAGAUUAUAACAGAAUUAACAAAACAUAUAUAUCA